GCCCACGCCAUGGCCCGAGCUAGGGUUUUCUUCCUCUUCCGUUCCCUCUGCCGUCGCUGACGAGAAGGAGUGGGGGGCCUGCCUUCUUCCCGAACCGCCGUCCCGGGCGCCCAAGGCUCGAGCUUUUCCGGUUCUUUGGACACCCUUUUGGGUGUUUGGAGAUGGGUUCUCCCGCUUUCCGAGCAUCGCCGUUCGUCGCCGCUGCACCCGCUUUGCUCCUCUUCCUGGCCUUCUCCUCCUUCGUCGUCGUCCUGGGGGAUUCCGACGAAUCGGUCCUCCUCCAGCUCAAGGGCUCGUUCGCCGACCCGUCGGGGCUGCUCUCCGGGUGGAGGAGCUCAGGCCCGGGCGCGUCUGGGCACUGCGGCUGGUUCGGCGUCGCCUGUGGCGUUGAUUCUAGGGUUUCGUCCCUCAACAUCACUGGGGACGGCGGCGCAGGUAAGGGGAGCUUGUUCCUUUGUGCUGAUUCUGCUCAGUUCCCGCUUUACGCGCGUGGAGUUAGGAGGAAUUGUUUGGGGAGUGGUGGGAAAUUGGGAGGGAGAUUGUCGCCCUUGAUUGCUAAGCUUACUGAGCUCAGGGUCUUGGCACUUCCUUUUAAUGGACUGGAUGGGGAAUUGCCUGCUGAAAUCUGGGGAAUGGAGAAGUUGGAGGUCCUUGAUUUGGAGGGGAACUCCUUGAGCGGAUCUUUGCCAGCUCAGUUUGUUGGGAUGAAGAAUCUGCGUGUGCUUAAUCUCGGGUAUAACCAGUUCUCAGGUGAACUGUCCGUGCCGGUAUCAAAUUUUGCCGAUUUGGACGUUUUGAAUUUAGCUGGAAAUUCUUUGAAUGGAAGCGUUCCUGGAUUUGUUAGUGGGGUGAGGGCUGUGUAUCUGUCGUUCAAUCGGUUCACUGGCUCUAUUCCUAGUGAGAUUGGGAACGAUUGUGGCAGACUGGAGCUUUUGGAUCUGUCAGGUAAUUUCUUGGGCGGUAAAAUUCCAAGCGGCAUUGGGAGUUGUGCAGAGUUGAGGUCGCUUUUAUUAUACUCCAACUUGUUGGAGGAGGUCAUUCCAGCUGAAAUUGGGCAGCUCAAGAAGCUCGAAGUGUUGGAUCUUUCGAGGAACGCCCUCAGCAGUUCAAUACCUGUUGAGCUGGGAAACUGCAGUAAUCUCUCUGUGCUUGUGCUUUCGAACUUGCUCGACCCGCUUCAAGACAAGAAUACUACAGAAGGGAGUGUCUUGUCAAGAUUUCGUUCAAUGAAUGAUGAGUAUAAUUACUUCCAUGGUGAAGUUCCUGAGGGAAUCACUAAACUGCCCAAGCUCAGCAUAUUGUGGGCCCCAAGGACAAACCUGGAGGGCAGGAUUCCCACCGACUGGGGCACUUGCGACAACUUGGAAAUGGUCAAUUUGGCUCAGAAUUACCUUACUGGAGGGGUACCACAACAAUUUGGUUACUGCAAGAAGUUGGUUUUCCUUGACCUGAGCUCAAACAAGUUGAAUGGGCAGCUUUCUGAAGAAAUCGAGGUUCCGUGUAUGACUGUGUUUGAUGUCAGCGGAAAUGCCCUGUCUGGUUCGAUACCCAGAUUCCAUAAUAGCAGCUGUCUUUCUAUUUCUCCCACCAAUGGAUAUGCUUCCAAUGCUAUUAACUGGUCAACUGGAUAUUUGUCAUUCAUUGCAUAUACGGCUCAAGGCGGUCUACCUUUACCAUCAGCUCCAGCAGAUAAUGGUUUUGUUAUAUAUCACAAUCUUGGGCGCAAUAACUUCACUGGAACAUUGAGCUCAAUGCCGAUUAUCCCUAGGAGGCUGAAUGCUCAAAUGAUUUAUGCCCUUUUUGCUGGAGAGAACAGUCUUUCUGGACCAUUUCCUGAAAAUAUAUUUGAGAACUGUCAAAACUUGGACAUAAUUGCCAUCAAUAUCAGUUACAACAAAGUCUCUGCUCCGAUUCCGUCUGGCAUGGGUAAAUCGUGCCGAUCGCGCAUUCUUUUGGAUGCAUCUCGGAAUCAAAUUCCUGGUUCUAUUCCCCCAAGUCUUGGAGAGCUGCUUUCUUUUGUCGGGUUAAAUCUCAGCUGGAAUUCAUUGCAAGGUCAGAUCCCACCCAGUCUAGGUCAAGUGAAGGGUUUGAAAUAUCUUUCUUUGGCUCAUAAUAAUCUUACUGGCUCCAUACCACCCAGCUUGGGGCAGCUUCAGUCCUUAGAAGUGCUGGAUCUUUCAUCCAACUCCCUCUCUGGUGAUAUACCCAAUGACAUUGUGAAAUUAAAGAAUCUGACUGCUCUUCUGCUCAAUGACAAUAAGCUCUCUGGGCAACUCCCAUUGGGUUUGAUGAAUGCAACAGCACUCACUUCAUUCAAUGUGUCAUUCAACGACUUGUUUGGGCCUCUUCGCUUGAAUGAUAAGUUGAUGAAGUGCAGUAAUGUUAUUGGAAACAAUUUUAGCGAGCCUUGCCCGUUGCCAACAGAUUUGCACAGGGCAGAUAGUAUGGCAAGUUAUGCAGCUCCAUCCUCAGGAGGUCAACCACCAAGUUCUGGAAAUGGUUUUACUGUGGUAGAAAUAGCAUCUAUAUCUUCUGCUUCGGCGAUUGUUUCCGUGCUGCUGGUCUUGAUUGGUGUAUGUGUUUACACAAGGAAGUGGAAACAUAGAAGUCCGAAUUGCGGUCCUAUCAAGAGGGAACUGUCAGUUUUCAUAGAUAUUGGGAUUCCAUUAACAUAUGAGAAUGUCGUGCAAGCCACAGGGAAUUUCAACGCAAGCAAUUGCAUCGGUAGUGGUGGUUUUGGAGCUACAUACAAGGCUGAGAUUUCACCAGGGGUAUUGUUGGCGAUAAAGAGGCUGGCGGUGGGCCGUUUUCAGGGGGUCCAACAAUUUCAUGCGGAGAUUAAAACCCUGGCACGACAUCACCAUCGGAAUCUGGUUACUUUGAUUGGUUAUCAUGCCAGCGAGACUGAGAUGUUCCUUAUUUACAAGUAUUUGCCAGGCGGUAAUCUGGAGAAAUUCAUUAAAGAAAGGUCCACAAGGUCUGUGGAUUGGAGGGUACUUCACAAGAUUGCUUUCGACGUAGCUCGUGCACUGGCCUACCUGCACAACCAAUGUGUACCCCGAAUCCUCCACCGCGACGUCAAGCCUAGCAACAUCUUGCUAGAUGAUGAUUACAAUGCGUACUUGUCUGAUUUUGGGUUGGCUCGGCUACUAGGAACUUCAGAAACCCAUGCCACUACCGGUGUGGCAGGGACCUUUGGUUAUGUGGCCCCCGAGUAUGCGAUGACAUGCCGUGUCUCUGAUAAGGCCGAUGUGUACAGUUACGGUGUAGUACUUCUUGAGUUGCUCUCGGACAAGAAGGCUUUAGACCCCUCUUUCUCUUCAUAUGGGAAUGGCUUCAACAUUGUCCAAUGGGCAUGCAUGCUUCUGCGACAGGGUCGUGCCAAGGAGUUCUUCACUGCAGGCUUGUGGGACGUGGCCCCCCACGACGAUCUGGUGGAGGUUCUACACUUGGCCGUAGUUUGCACUGUUGAUACUCUUUCUAAUAGGCCCACGAUGAAGCAAGUCGCACAUCGGCUGAAACAGCUUCAGCCCCCUUCUUGUUAGUGCUCCCUCAUGAAGUUUUUCUGGGAAAUAGCAGUUUAUAGGAAGUGAGCCAAAGGGCCCGGUGUAAUUUAUCUGUAAUUGUCGGUUUUCCACUCGGUCUGUCAGAUGCCCCUUAGGUUGAGAAUUUUUAUACUAUAGAUGUUGUACCAUAGAUGUGAUGGCCCCCUUACUCCACAGUAAUUCAUCGGUGUCGGGGCAUUUUAUGAUGAAGCUGCAGAAGAGUGCAGAUAUUCUUUUCCGCAUCUUACACGAGUACUUUUAGGUUUUGUUUUUCUAGGUUCGUCGGCUGUAAUAAAACUGUAGAAAUUAGACUCCUGUCCCUUUGUAUAAAAUGAUCAUUCUUUAUAAUGGCUGCUUCAAUUUUGCAUCA